UUACACCAAAAUCGUCUUCUGCCACAGUGAAUGAUCAGGCAAAUGAAGAUGAGUUUGGAGCCAAAGAUUAUCGCAAGCUGAUAGAGCUCAAAGCAGAUCAUUCCUCUAGACCUCUCUGGGUGGCUCCUGAUGGUCACAUUUUCCUGGAAUCUUUCUCUCCUGUGUACAAACAUGCCCAUGAUUUUCUUAUAGCCAUUUCCGAGCCAGUCUGCAGGCCAGAACACAUUCAUGAGUACAGGUUGACAGCAUAUUCUCUCUAUGCUGCUGUCUCUGUUGGUCUCCAGACAAGUGAUAUCAUUGAAUAUUUAAGACGACUCAGCAAAACUACAAUCCCUGAUGGCAUAAUCCAGUUUAUAAAGUUAUGCACAUUGAGCUACGGAAAAGUGAAGCUGGUGCUGAAACACAACAGAUACUUUGUGGAGAGUAGCCAUCCAGAAGUCCUUCAGCAUCUUCUCAGAGACCCACAGAUUCAAGAAUGUAGAAAACGAACAGAGGAAGACAUGGAACUUGGCACAGGAGAGGACCAGCUUGUUAAAUCUACUGUGAGCGGAAAGUCGUCAUUGAAGUUGAAUAAACCACAAGAAUCUAAUGGAGACUCAUCACAAGCAGCAGAACAGGAUCAGCCGUCAGAGGGGACAUCCAUUCCAACUGACAUUUCAGAUUAUAUUGAGAGAAUAGACCAGGACGAAGAUGAAGAAGAGAGUCAGACUUACUCUUUUGAAGUGGAUCAAGAACACAUUGAAACGUUACAGAGAAAGUGCAUUGAACUGGACUAUCCUUUACUAGCAGAAUAUGAUUUCAAAAAUGACGCAGUCAAUCCUGAUCUGAACAUAGACCUAAAGCCAACUACAGUUUUAAGGCCAUAUCAGGAAAAAAGCCUUCGGAAGAUGUUUGGUAACGGAAGAGCCAGAUCUGGUGUCAUUGUCUUACCUUGUGGAGCUGGGAAGACUCUUGUAGGAGUGACGGCUGCAUGUACUGUGAGAAAGCGAUGCCUUGUCCUUUGUACUUCAGGUGUUGCAGUAGAACAAUGGAGAACACAGUUUAAGAUGUGGUCAACCAUUGACGAUCGCACAAUCUGCCGUUUUACUUCAGACGCGAAAGACAAACCUGUCAAUUGUAAUAUUGCAAUAUCUACGUACUCUAUGGUGUCUUUCACGGGGAAAAGAUCCUGGGAGGCUGGCGAGGUUAUGAAUUUUAUGCAAACACAAGAAUGGGGCUUAAUGAUUUUAGACGGAUUUGAACUUCCUGAUUGGACCCAAACUUUAUGAGGCCAACUGGAUGGAACUUCAGAACAAUGGAUUUAUUGCACGAGUCCAGUGUGCGGAGGUAUGGUGCCCUAUGACACCCGAGUUUUACAGAGAGUACCUCAAUAUAAGGACAAGAAAGAGGAAGUUACUGUAUGUGAUGAAUCCGAACAAGUUCCGGUCUUGCGAGUUUCUGAUUCGUUUUCACGAAAGACGAAAUGAUAAAGUUAUUGUUUUCUCCGACAACGUGUUCGCGCUCAAAAAAUACGCCGAGAAGCUUAAAAAACCGUUUAUUUAUGGACCAACUCACCAAGGAGAACGGAUGCAAAUCCUGCAGAACUUUCAACAUAAUCCUUUGGUUAACACAAUUUUUAUAUCUAAGGUUGGAGAUAACUCCUUCGAUCUCCCAGAGGCAAAUGUGUUAAUUCAGAUUUCCUCGCACGGUGGCUCAAGGAGACAGAUAUGGCCGCGGAGGAGUACAACGCAUUCUUUUACACUCUUGUCUCUACGGACACUGAAGAAAUGUUUUAUUCUGCAAAGCGUCAGCGUUUUCUGGUAAAUCAAGGGUACAGCUUUAAGGUCAUUACACGGUUGGCUGGAAUGGAAGAGGAGAAUUUGGAGCUUGGAGACAAGAGAAAACAGCAGGAACUCCUACAGCAGGUGCUGGCUGCUAGUGACGCAGACGCUGAGGAAGAGAGAGUGGGUAAUGAAAUAAACCGCAGUAGCUCGCAGAGCUCUAUAGUAUCUCGGCGCCAAGGCUCAAUGGCUUCCAUGUCUGGAGCAGACGAUAUGAUGUAUCUGGAAUACAGGAGUAGUUCAAAACAAUCCAAGUCUAGACAUCCCCUGUUUAAACGUUUCAGAAAAUGAAUUGGAAUGAACUGAGUCUAGCAUUUUAUGCGACUAUAAAAGAUUCGUUCUAUGAGACUAAAAGAUUGAAAAGAGACAUUAGUAGACCAAGAAGGAUCAGAAAUGGCUAAGGAUGAAAAAGUUGAAGUCACUUUGCAAAUAAUUCGCUAGACUUCGAGCAGUCCUUGCUUUUUGGCGAAGUUCGUCACACGAGUCAAAAAAUCAGUUGGAAAGUGAAAAUCGAUGUUAGUGUGUCGCGCGGAACCCUGGGAGUGAUGCGCACGAGUUCUCGCACGGCGGACUUAGCUUAAAAGCAGGGAUUGCUUUAGUCUAAUAAGUAGCUUUUCCUGUCGGAAACGAAGCAACCUGUUGACCGCAAUGGAAAACGUUUCAAGACUGGAAACCUCUGCCUUCUUAUGGAUAGAAGUCGAUCUAUUCGUGCAAGGUGUUGAGAUUCACGAAAUUGUCUGUAAUAAAAGGUGUUGCUGAAAUAGUGUCA